AUGUCGCGCUGCCUCCUUACCUGGCUUCUCUUAUGCGGUGUUCAAGGAUCCGAGUUUGCCUGGACAGACGUCGCGCAGACCAAUGCGCCGACUGAAAGACUCGGUGCUGGCAUGGUUAUCACAUCGCAAAACCGGCUCUGGAUGUGGGGUGGCGGUUCCAGUAGCAGCCUCACGACCGAUCUGUACUAUGUCGACAUUCAAGCGGCCAGCAAAGAGUGGCAAUCACACACACCAUCUGGUAAUGCGCCCGCCAUGCGGAGCUAUCUCCAUAUGAUGAUCGCUUCUGAUGACGUGAUGUACAUGUACGGUGGGGAUCACGAUGAUAUCUGGUCCAUGGACCUCCAGGCCGCUACGCCAACGUGGACGGAAAUAUCGACGUCGGGCACUCCGCACGCCACAAAAAGUUGGAACACAGCCGUGCUGACAACGGGCAAGGUGAUGUGGGUAUUCGGCGGCUACUACCCCAACAACAACAAAGUCACCUAUAUCGACCUCACGGCAUCCAGCCCGCAAUGGACUUCGGUGUCGCCAACGGGCGACCUCCCGGAAAACCGGAGACAUCAUGCUGCCGUCAUAACUUCAACCGAUGUGAUGUACAUCUUCGGGGGGCAAGACUCCGGCCACAAGAAUGAUUUGUGGUAUCUCGACACGAAGGAUCCCACCCAGUGGGUGGAGGUAUCACCGAGCGGGACCUUGCCUGGGGUGCGCCGCGGGUGCAAAGCUGCCAUUACUUCGGCCGACGUGAUGUGGAUCGUUGCGGGCGAGCAGGAUACCGGCUUCUACAGUGACGUGUGGUACAUUGAUCUCCGGGCCGGGAGCCCCCAAUGGACGGAAGCAGCCAGUGUGCCUGCGAAACGCGCGCACCAUUCCCUCGCCAUCACCUCGGAUGACAAGCUUUGGGUCUUUGGUGGCUACCACAGCGGCUACCACAACACCUUAUGGAACAUGGAUGUCAAGGACCUGGCCAAGCACAUCCAGGAUCUGCAGCGGCAGGAGGAGGCCGCCCAAGCUGUCGCUGCAGUGGAGGCCAUCGAGGAGGAGACGGUGCAAGAACUCCUUCAGGCCAUCUUUACUGAUGGUGCAGCAGAUCCAGUUGAAACAGGCGGGAUCCUGGCCAAUGUGACGAGGCAGACGGAGAACGGCACAGUCAAGGUCACUGCAGUGGCUCCCCAGGCAGUGAGGCGCGACGGCGUCGUUGAAAUCACAUCGGGAGAGACGACCAAAGUGCGCGUGCCAGCAGCUGUUGUGGCGCAGGCGGCUGAUCGGCGGCCGGCACAGGCAGGCGACCCUCCAGGGAACGCUUCACGGAUGCUGUUGAUCUGUGUCACGGAUCUUGCUGAACAGAAAGCCAGCAAGAUCGUCGACAGGCGCGAGGAGGGCGAGGCCACGUCCGUCGUGAAGACGCAGAGCUUAAGCAUUACUCUGCGGAACGAAGAUGGGAAGGUGGUGGAACUAGGCCAGCUUCUCCGACCUAUCGAGUUUGUGCUCGAGUCGGAGGAUGUCACCAACACCUCGUGUGCCUUCUGGGACGAGGAGCACAGCAGCUGGUCCUUCCGGGGACUUGAGACCUUAAAGGACCCGGCGCCCGGCCAACUCAUGUGCCGAACCCAGCACCUGUCCAUCUUCAGCGGGGUCUUGACCGAUAUUUGGCAGAGCGCCGUGUCAGUCAUUGAAUGCAGCUCCAUUUGGGGGUUGUUUACGCAAGAAGGUGUGGAGCGGCUGGCUGCAGGGCGCUGGAUAAGCUCACUUCCAGCCAUCUCAACUCUGCUCUUCGUGGCCUCAUUCUUUGUCGUGCUCAUGCGCGCUGCCUAUGUCGACAGGAAAACGCAGCAAGCAGUUCCCUGGCAAAUGGUGGAGCCGGUGCUUUUCCGCGAGAAGCCCCAUGUUUCCGGAGAAGACUCGGACUCGGACGCCGAGGGCGACGAUGAGCCCCAGCUCAAGCACAACUGUUGCGUGCGCCAGCUCAUCACAGUGAAAGAGUGGUGCUUUUGGUGCACGGGGAUCUGCUUCGGCGUGGAGAACAUCGUGCAGAUCGUCACAGAGUUACUUCCGAAUGCGCCGGAGGCCACGGUGAACCGCUGCAUCAAGACACUCCAUGCACAUCGCAGUGGCGUGGCCAAGGACAGCUUAGCCAUCCUGCUUCCGGCUGGUGAGAAGUUCGAUGCCGACGACACCUUCGAGGAGGAGGAGGGAAGGCAGGUCCAGGUCGCUCGAAGCCAAAACCGGCAGAGCGUCUUCGCAAGUCUGGCGGGGGCGGCCCUCCCGAGCAUGAACAACUUCACCUCGGCCCUUCGGGAUCUCAGUGCCCGAUGGAACGUCCAUAUCCACGGCGCCGGCGCGGUGAAAUCCAUUCUCGACCGUUCCUGGUGCGGGCGCGUGGGGCUGCUCCUGCCCGCCUUCCACCCCUGGAUUGCGCUGCUGCGGCUCAGCAUCGUGACCUCGUACAAGGUCCGUGUCUCCCUGAUCUUUCUGAAAAUUUGCACAUCGGGCGCCACGAACGCCUUGUUCUUUUCGAGCAACUCCCCACUCGAAGGCUCGGAUCCGAAAUGUUGGACGCCGAAGGAUUACUUCCGGAGACUUGUGACGAACACCAUUGUGGGUUUCCUUGCUGCUUUCCUGGGCGACUGCGUUGUCUUCACCCUCUUUCUCCUCCAAGUUCGCAAGCCCAUUGAAAAGCGGCAGUGGUCGGAGAGGGCGAUUAGUCGGCAGAUCGCCACUUGGCGCUGCAAAGGCUUCUGCUUCUGGUUCAUUUGGCUAUUCUACUCGGGCACAUGCGUGUUCUACGUCAUGAUCUUCCUCGCCAAUGUACGGUUGGUGGAUGCACAUGACUGGUACCAGAGCACCGGUAUGAGCUUGCUGCAGGACUUGUUCGUGCUCCCUCUCACCACGGCUGUCGCUAUGGGCAGUUUGGCAACCUUGGCCCUCAGAAGCCGAGGUGUGAGGGCGAAGGUUGAAUCGAGGUGGUUUGAAGACGAUAACGUGCAGGAGGAGCCCCAGGAGGAACCUGAGCUGGAGCCAGGAGCAGUCAUCGUGGAUACCGGCGCUGUCCCUGUGAGCCCAGGGAGUCCAUCGCCCAACUCUGUGAAGGCCGACGGUCGACCUACAAAGGCGCCAGACUUCGACGACGUCUUGCCAGGGAUGCCCAUGGAGAGCUCAUGA